GGGGACUCGGGGACCUCGGCGGGCCGGCGCGGCGCGCCCAAGAGACGGGGCGGCCCACGGAGCGGACCCUUCGCGGCGCAGCUGGCCGGGCUCUCUCCCCCGAGCGUCGGCGCCGCCCAUGGCCGAGCUCGAGCCAGACCCCGGGGCCGUGGAGACGCCGGGCUGGAAGGCCCCGGAGGCCGCGGGCCCCCAGCCCGGAAGUUAUGAGAUCCGACACUAUGGACCAGCCAAGUGGGUCAGCACUUCCGUUGAGUCUAUGGACUGGGAUUCAGCCGUCCAGAUUGGCUUUACAAAACUAAACAGCUACCUUCAAGGCAAAAACGAGAAAGAGAUGAAAAUAAAGAUGACAGCUCCAGUGACAAGCUAUGUGGAGCCCGGUUCAAGUCCUUUUAGUGAGUCUACCAUUACCAUUUCCCUGUAUAUCCCCUCUGAACAGCAAUCUGAUCCGCCCAGGCCUUCAGAGUCAGAUGUCUUCAUUGAAGAUAGAGCUGAAAUGACUGUGUUUGUACGGUCUUUCGAUGGAUUCUCUAGUGCCCAAAAGAAUCAAGAACAACUUUUGACAUUAGCAAGCAUUUUGAGGGAAGAAGGAAAAGUUUUCGAUGAAAAGGUUUUCUACACUGCAGGCUACAGCAGUCCUUUUAAAUUGCUUGAUAGAAAUAACGAAGUGUGGUUGAUUCAGAAAAAUGAACCCUCCAAAAAAAAUGAAUGAGAAAAUGAAAGAAGUUCCAUUGCCAAGGGCAAAAUUUCUGUUUAAUAUAGACAUCAACAGUACCUAUAGACAUCAGCAUUACCUAUAGGUAACAUGUAUGUCUAGGGCCCUCUAGAGAGUACUGCUAUGGGUUGAGCUUGUUUCCAGUGUGCCUUUUUAAUGCUUGAAGCUUUAUCUGGAUACACAGACAAUAGGGGACAGCAGUCUAUAAACAUGUAAAUUAGUCAUAACCAUGGUAGUCUUUAUUUCUGUGAGGAUCAAGGGAAGUCAUGUGACUUCUGUCUUCUUCAGUGCAUUGCAAUCAUGUUUCCUUAUUCUGCCUGGAUUUGUGUCAGUUGGAUAUUAUCACCUCCAGAUUUUAUCAAUAAAAAUGUUAAAAGAUUUAUCCUGUGUGUAACAACUAGGCUGUCAGGCCUGGAAAGGUGAAAUUCAAGUGAACGCAGAAACCAAAUAGUCUUUUGCAGUUGCUUCUGUUAGGUUCUCUGUGGAGUCUCUUCCUCAUCUGCCCCCUGCCCCCAGUGCACAAAGAAAACUCUCACCCCAACGUGUUGCUAAUUAUCUUGUGACAGGAUGUUCAUGAAGUUAGGGACUUCCUAUCCUGUUGGACACUCAAUAAAGGCAUGUUUUUUGAAGAAAUGUCCACAAACAUGUAAUUUUAAAAUUCACUUGAAUUUUUAAAGUGAGUAUUUCUAGAAGUUAUAUAAAAAUGGUUAUUCAAAGAGUGGGUUGUUGCAAAAUCAAGGAAGUUAGAAAUCCUUGCCUAAUUGUGUUAGAAAGUGCUUGUCCUGGAGGAGAUAAGGUCCCAUUCAGACACCUGGAAGCCUAUCGUGGGAAGAGCGGUAGCUGUGCUCUGGGCUCCUGGAGGAUGGUAGUUUUAGGAUGAGGGAGAAAAGUAGGGUGGAACUAAAGUCAUUUCUCAACAAAGCUGCCCAUGAAUGUCACCACUCCCAGUUUUCAUCAUUGCCUGUUUAAACAGAGACCACACAUUAACUCAUCAAGAGACAGUCACUUUUAUAGGAGAUUCAAGUAUUCAGUGGAUGAGAGGAUGAGGCCAGAUGAUGUUAAGGUCCCUUCAACCCUACAUUAUAUGAUCUCUCUUAAAAUUAAUAUCUCCCUAACCUGGUAUAAUAGGCCAACGGUUUCCACAUGGAUUGCCUUCUAGGUGCGCUGGUCUAAGUGCUUCACCUGAAUUAUCACAUUAAACUUCCAGAACAACCAUGUGUGCCACAUUUUAUUGUCACCAUUUUACAAAGAGAAAAUCGAGGCACAGAGAUGUUAGGCAGCUUGCCCCGAGCAAAACUGUAAGGGCAGAGGUUGACUGGCCCAGGCUGUCUGCUCCAGGUCUGUGCUGUUGACUGCACUCUGCAGGUGGCCGGCUAUUCUGGAGUGCAACUCUCUCAGGCAACUGACCGGUGGGCGAGGACUGUAGGGUAGUGGUAUUCCUGCAUAGAAGUCAUUCACGAUUAUGACCUCAGAGAUACCUUUGAGACUAUAAUU